UUAUAUAUAAACGAAACAGGCUUCGAAUUUACUACGGGACGAGUUGAUCAAAAUGGUACCGAGCCGACUAUGGGACGAGUGACUCAAAAUUUUAUUUUGAUCAACUAAGCUAUAUAAAUCAUGCUGACCCUCACAAGAAAUAUGGCAUGUACUGCCUGCUUGAUUUUAUGUGGCAUGUUAUCUUUAGCAAACACCGAAACAAUCAUUGAGAAACUGUUCAACAAAAUCAAGAAUGCUCAAGUAUUAAAAGACACAGACUUUAGUAUAUUUCCGCCAUCAUGGGAAAUGAAGAAAGGAAUGUAUCCAAAUGAAGUGAAACUAAAUUUCCAUGGAAACGAACAGUAUUACCUUUUUAGAGACAACUUUAAAGUGCCAGAUAAUAACAUGUUUACACCUGCCUGGGUAACAUCAUGUUUAAUAGAGGCGUACAUUUAUGGAAAUGGCCCUAAACCGACGGACAGCCAAGUCGACCUUGCUUUAAAUGCUGUUAAUCUGUUUAGGAAUCAAAAUGCACCAUAUCAAAACUCAGAAAUGACAUUUUGGCAGCAAGAGUUUAAUAAAACCGUGUUGACUUAUCAAAGCUCGCCUCAUAAUUUGUUUGAAGUUUUAGCACUUCCAGAUUACCUACCUCAGAAACUGAUAGAAGAAAUACUUGGAGCAUUGGGGCUUAAAGAUCUUGAAAAAGUACUCGAGGAGUUGUUUCGUUCAAAGGAUAUGUUUACUCUAGCGUUUCGCAUACCUCCGGACUUUGACGAUACAUUUGUUAAUAUAGGACUCGGCAGUCUUUUAUCACUGUUUAGAGAAGAUUUUCCGGAUGGAUUUCAGACCUGGGCAAAGCAAAAUAGUAAUUUAUCAUCAGUCUUUGAAAAAGUGAAAAAAUACGCUUACAGACCAUUUUCUAAAACAGCCAUACAGACCACAAUAGAUCCAAGGACAUACAUGUAUUUGAGAUCAUUUCUAGAGAAAGCUGAUUCCAACAACGAAGAUGUUGCUCUAGUGACUACAUGGCUGCAGGACACAGAAGAAGUGAAAUCAUUGUUUGAUAAAGGUGUUGUAAUGCCGUUUAACGUGAACAACGUGGACGUGACCGUGUCUGCCAACUUUAUAUUUGGGGUAGUCACAUGUACAAUCACAGGGCUGUGUUUAGAACAUAUAGAUGAUGGUAUACAGCAAAUAUUUAUGAACACAACGUCCCUGAUAGCACAUGAGAUGUCCACAAAUCUGUCGUCUCGUCCAGAUCUGGCGUUAACAUACUACCCGUCUAAGUUUGAGUUCUACUGGUUCGUGUCAAGGUCAUACUCUCUGCUGAACAGAAGGCUGUCUACUGAUAGGAGAUUUGUUACAUCACCAAGUCUUGAUCAGAUGUUGAAAUAUGCAUUGAAAGUUCUAGGACCUGUGUUAUGGACGGAGAUGUCAGAAGAUAUAGCUCGAUCAACUAAAACUGACGUAGACGGUUCAAUGUACAUCGAUGAUUUCCUUGGAGAUGAUGACAUUAAUCUUUUUAAUAAAUCUGUGAACCGAGCUGAAGAUCGUAUAUUUUCAACUGCUGUUUCCUUGAAUGCUUUAAUUAAUACAUGGACAUUGACUCAAAAUAAACAACUUGUUUGGGAAAAUGAUACUCCCAGCUAUGUUAAAGACACAGUAAAGAAGUUGGUAAUGUGGUUGGAAAAGAAUGUAUUAUCUGGCAAUUACAAACCAUGGAACAGUUUCUUCUCUGGUUCUGGCAAAAGUCUUGAGAGUAUGCCAUUCUUCUAUCCAGCUAAUAGGAGGGAAUAUUUUAAUGGGACCACAUUCCCCGACACAAAAUUUCCGGCAACCCCAAAAAACAUCCUUGGAAUGAAAGGAGUUGUUACUAAAGCUGAAUACGACACCAUGUUGAAGCAGCCUCAUUUUGGGAGAAUGACCCCAAUGACCUUUGAUGGAUAUAACAGCGAGGCUGGAGGGUAUUUCCCAUUUUGGUCAUGUGACUCGUACACAUAUGGAGUGUCGCUGCUUGCCUUGACCCAGUAUGAUAAUAUUAGUAUUAAAUAUUAAAGUUUUUUAAGUAAUAUUAUUGUUAUCAAGUCUUAAAGGGUAUAUAGCUUUAUCUUAUGAAAUAUUUUAGUGAAAUUUAAAAUUAUUUAUUAAUGAUAAAAUUUUGUAAUUUAUUGUUCUUUACAUAACCUUACUAGCCUAAGAGCUGAGGACCAUUUAAUCCAAAUUUUGUCCAUAUAAUGGUCGAUUCUUGAAAUACUUGUAACACAUAAUGUCUCUUUUUAUUUCAUAUACAUGAUAAGUGUAUGUAAACAGAAUAAGAUGUUCCUGAAUGAAAUAUUGCUGUUUGAAAUAGAGUUUUAACCAAUUAGCAUUGAUUUCAUGCAUUUGUCAUUCAUUCUUUAGUAUGUAAAUAAUAUAUGUUUCUCAUUCAAAUAUUUUAGAAUUAUUCUUUUGAAAAUUUAAUCAAACAUUUUUUAAACCUCAGGCAUCAGAUAUAUAUAAUAUAGCUUUAUACACUAUGACUUCAAAGUUUACUUUUUAUGAUAUUUUGCAUCAUUUCCAAAAAAAGAAAAUCUGUAUCAGUUUUAUUGUUAAAAAUGAAGCAAAUUCAAUAUGAGUCAUGUCAUGACAAAACCAACAUAAUGUGUUUGCGACCAGCAUGGAUCCAGACCAGCCUGCGCAUCCGUGCAGUUUGAUCAGGAUCCAUGCUGUUCGCUUACAAACCAUAUAACAAGUAGAGAAACUGAUAGCGAACAGCAUGGAUCCUGAUCAGACUGUGCAGAUGCGCAGGCUGGUCUGGAACCAUGCCGGUUGCAAAUCCACUAUGUUGGUCUUGUCAUGACGCGGCUCAAAUAUGAAGAUGGGAGUUGAAUGAGGAUGAAUAGGCACAAACUCCUCACUGUGAUAACCUCCCUUGGGCCUCCCUUGGCAGAAUUGUAUCACUGCCUUCACAGACAUCGCAUGAUGAUGAAAGUCACAUGACGUAAGGUUGAAAUUCAAAUGUAAAGUAUAUACCAUUACAUAAAAAUUGUAACAUCAUUUUCCUCUUUCUGUUUUAUUUUUAACUUUUCAUACCUACGUAAAAGUAUACAAAAUAAUGAAAAAUAAAUUAAAAAGCUAUAAAAAUAUAAAAUAUCAAAAUAUUUAUAAAAAUGUUUGUGAUGGCAGGUAUCUCUGUACUGAUAAGGGGAGAUAACUGCGUAGGAGAUUGGAAAAGGCAUUGUACAUUAGAUUAAGAGCAUGUCUAAAUAAUUUUAUUCUUCAAAAAUCU